AUGCAAUCCGCUUUUUCGAAUGAUUCAUCCUCUCGUAUCCCAAUAUUGAAUGGUGACAAUUAUAAGGAAUGGAAGGAGAAAAUUCUCUUGUAUUUAGGAUGCAUGGACCUUGAUUUAGCAAUUCGUGAGGAUGAACCACCAAUUGUUAUUGCAACUGGUACUCAUGCUGAGAAAGCAGCAUAUGAACGGUGGGAGAGAUCCAAUCGUCUAAGUUUGAUGCUUAUCAAGUCUCACAUUCAUAAGAGUAUCAAAGGUUCAAUUCCUGAACGUCACAACGUGAAGGACUAUCUUCAAGCUAUUGAAGAACAAUUUUCUACUUCUGACAAGGUCCUAGCAGGCACCUUAAUGAAAAAAUUGUCAUCGAUGAGGUACAAUGGGACUUCUGGUAUACGUGAACACAUUAUGGAGAUGAGAGAUAUUUCUUCCCAACUUGGGGCUUUAGAAGUGGAACUUUCGGAAGAUUUUCUUGUCCAUUUAGUACUCAUUUCCCUACCAUCUCAAUUUGGGCAAUUCAAAAUCUCUUACAACACAAAAAAGGAAAAAUGGUCUAUGAAUGAAUUAUUGACUAUGUGUGUUCAAGAGGAAGGAAGGUUGAAGCAGGAGAAUCUAGAGAGUGCCCAUCUAGUUUGUCAGGGAAAAUGA